GUCUGCAGGUGCACUGUGGCGUGGAUUUAUGAUUUUUACUCGGUUGGACUCAACGCAGAUGCUAGCAGAGAGUAAGAAUUGCCUGCUGGCUUCGUAGCAAUGAGAAUAUUCAACACCACAGGGGAAGUUUUAAGCUUCAAGACAUCCCUUCGCCAAUUUUGCCAGAUUCCAUCUACUCUCUUUGCUGGCUGCAAUUGUUCAAGUGACGAGGACUUGGCCAAACCAGAGAGCAUACAAUUUUAGCCAUUUUGAAAUGGACUACUCGACUUGUGUUCUAAAGGUAAAUCUCCACUGCACGGCAUGUGAGAGGACGAUCCAUAAAGUGUUAAGAAACAUAAAUGGAGUUUGUUCAAUUACCAUAGAUGGUGAACAUGGGAAGGUGACUGUCUCAGGUACUGUAGAUCCACACACACUCAUACUGGCCCUCAGAAAGGCUGGUAAAAAGGCAAAGCUGUUGUGGGAGCACUACUCGACCUACAACUGCCAAAACAAGAGCCUUCAAGCCUCCCCACCAGGACCAGCUCAAGAGAUUGAUGCACAGGUAAGUAGCCAAAUGGAACAACUGCGCCAGUUAUCAAAAAUUAAUGGGGUGAAACAAGUGGAGUUGACUCAUUCCAAGAUCAUAAAGAUGACGUUUGAGGAUCAAAAUGAUGAUUUCGGUCAGAAGAGUAACACCCAGAAUACCAUGAUCAUUGUGGAUGAUGUGCAUGGACCUCGGACUGUCCAUGGUGGUGGGCCUUCUGGAGUUGCUGCUUCAGGCUGUGAUUGUCAUGAUCAGGCAAAAACCAACUCUCACUAUGGUUUUCACGAAGUUGCCGGGCCUUCAAGGCCCAGGUGUGUGCACCAUGAAAAUUCUAAUGGUUGUGGACUACCAUCAGCAUGCAGGUGCUCUCCUCCAGGGCCACUGCCUGCACAUUAUCAUGUUGCGACUGGACCUUCACUGCACUUGCUGCCCGUGGCAUACUCGCAUCCUAGCAUAUUUAGUGAUGAUAAUCCACAGAGUUGCAAGUUGAUGUGAGGUACUAGAAUCAGCUUUGCUUUGACUAUUCUUGUGUUUUUUUCACUCUCCAAGUGGAUUUCUAGGGGUGGGGUGUUUGGGUUGGGUCUGGCUCCUCUGCAGUUAGUUAGUUUAUAACUGCAGAGGUGCGGUUGAACAAAACGUCGUUGUCUUGACAACCAGAACGACCGCGGAGGAUCCUCUCCCGUCUGGGUUCUUCAGUUUCGUGUCUUAUGUUAAUGUCUGUCUUCUGAAUUUUAAUUGUUGAUAUGGGACAUGGGACAUGUUAUGCAUGAUUAGAGAUGAACUAGGCUCUCUGUCAAAAACUACAUGCCUAACUUCCGAGAUAGUUGACGGGCCACGAAUCGAGAUCGACUAGAUGCUUCAAUGAGAAUUGAAAUUGCGGUAAAUUUUGGUCUCAAU